CAACAUAAUAAAUUGUGGUAAGCAGUACAUUAGUUGGCACAUAUAAAGCUUCGGUUGAGUAGUAAAUUGAAAUCCAAUUUACGCAAAUGAGAUUAAAGCUAGGGGCUCGGUUCCGUUUGUGGCUUAUACCAGUCUCACGAGUACGCGCUACUGCUCUCCCGGUACUUCGUGACAGAGGAAACAUGCCGAAGGACGACCCGGAGACCACAGCCCUCAAAAAAGAACUAAAUGAUCUGAUCGCUAAAGUGAAGGCCGAUCAAGAAAAGUUAGCUGAUGCGAAGCUAGCAGAAAAAUGCGGCGACAUGGGCGACGUGCCCAAGAUACGAUUCGUGACGAAGAAGACUCUGAAGGGGCACAUCAAUAAGGUUAACUCGGUGCAUUACAGUGGAGAUUCCAGGCACUGCGUGACGGGCUCCCUGGACGGGAAACUGAUCAUCUGGGACACCUGGAGCGGUAACAAGGUGCAGGUGAUACCGCUGCGGUCUGCUUGGGUCAUGAGCGUCGCUUUUGCGCCGUCCGGGAACUUUGUCGCAUGCGGUGGUAUGGACAACAUGUGCACCGUUUACGACGUGAACAACCGCGACUCGACGGGCGCGGCGAAGCUGGUGCGCGAGCUGGCCGGCUACGAGGGGUUCCUCAGCAGCUGCCGGUUCCUCGACGACACCCAUCUGCUCACGGGCUCCGGAGAUAUGAAGAUAUGCGUUUGGGAUUUGGAAGCGGGCAAGCGCGAGAUGGAAUUCGAUGCCCACGCUGGCGAUGUCGUCACCAUUUCUUUGGCACCUGAUAUGAAGACCUACGUGACUGGCUCCGUAGACAAGACCUGCAAGUUGUGGGACAUCAGAGACGAGAAGGCGAAGCAAACGUUCUUCGGUCAUGAUGCUGACGUCAACAGCGUCUGUUACCACAACAGCGGGCAAGCGUUUGCGACGGCGUCGGAAGACAAGACAGCGCGACUGUUUGACAUCCGCAGUGAUCAGCAACUUGGUCACUACACGCCGCCCGGCGCUAGUGGCUUCACAAGCUGCGGACUGUCGCUGAGUGGAAGAUAUUUGAUGGCCGGUUCUGAUGACAAUGCUGUGCAUUCCUGGGACACACUUAAAGUUACCCACACUGGUACCCUGAAUGGGCAUGAGAACCGCGUGACGUCAAUUUCUAUGGCCCCCAACGGCGUGGCCCUCGCCAGCUGCUCGUGGGACAACAGCGUCAGGGUCUGGGGCUAAACAACCACCACAAUCACCACCACGUAACCCCACCCCACCAGCCUUGCUACCCUACACAAUAUUCGUGGCGUCUAUAUCAUCUUGCUUUUAGCAUUUAUCAUAUUUAUCACCUAUUUCAUAUUAUGUCUUUCGAUUAAACUUUUA